UUGUAUCAUUGUUGUUUUCCCGCCAUCGUACUUCGUCGUCUUGUCCGUAAAAACUGGUAAAACCUCUAGCACGUUGACUGAACGAAAUAAUCCCCGUUAAAAAAGGUUCCGUUGAAAAAUGAACAGAAGAAAUCACCCAGCACUAACCAGCGGCGCAAUUCCUUCCAUCAUUGGGAAUGGCCUGCACAAUGAAACUCCAAUUCUACAAGUUUUGGGUUACAAAAAUCUUCAGGGAGAUAAUAAUGACCGUUACAGAAUUCUCAUCUCUGAUGGAAAGUAUUCCUAUGCAUAUGGAAUGUUGGCAACACAACUAAAUCAUCUGAUUGUGGAUGGUCAGCUUGAGAACUUUACCAUCAUCAGAGUAAAAAAGUUUGUUGUUAACAAAGUUGCUACAAAGGCAACUGCAGGCAAGGACCAAAAGAAAAUUAUCAUUCUUUUGGAUGUUGAGCCGAUUGUGCCUGGAAGCGAAGUUGGAGAAAAAAUAGGAAACCCUCAGACUCUUAAUGAUGUUGGAGAAGUUACUGAAGAGGCAGCAGCAAAGCCUGCACCUUUAGGAAAUGUAAACAAUUACAAUAUGGGAUCAAAGUCUGCACCACCUAACAACACUGGUGGAUAUGGACAGCCAACAGAGAAGUCUGACAUUAUUACCCAUCCCAUUGUAAGCCUUACACCCUACCAAAACAAGUGGACCGUAAAAGUGAGAAUUAUUAAUAAGUCCGAUAUCCGUACGUGGAGCAAUUCUCGAGGUGAAGGAAAGCUUUUCUCGAUUGACAUGAUGGAUGAGACUGGUGAAAUCCGUGCCACUGCAUUCAAUGCCGAGUGUGACAAGUUUUACCACAUGAUUGAGAUCGGCAAGAUCUUUUACAUUUCACAAGCACAACUGAAGGCAGCAAACAAACAGUACAGCAGUAUGAGGAACGAUUAUGAAAUGUCUUUCAACCAAAAUACUACAGUAAUUCCUUGCCACGAUGAUACAUCAGAUAUCCCAUCAAUCACCUUCAACUUUGUUCCCAUUGAUCAGCUACCUAGCCUGGACAAGGACAGUGUUAUUGAUGUCAUUGGUGUGGUUAAGUCAGCAAAUGACGUCCGCGUUAUCGUUUCCAAAACGACAAAUAAAGAAUUGAGGAUGCGAGAAGUUCAGAUGGUGGACAGUACCAACACAGUGGUUAAUUUGACUUUAUGGGGAAAAAUGGGGGAGGAAUUUGACGCCAGCUCCCAGCCUGUUGUAGCAUUAAAAGGAGUCAAACUUUCUGAUUUUGGAGGUCGUUCUCUAGGAACAGUCUCGUCUACCGUCGUGCAGAUUAAUCCUGACAUGAAUGAAGCUCACAAACUAAGAGGGUGGUACGAUAACGGUGGCUCAUCAUCGGUCGUUUCUAGCAUUUCGGCGAGUCGUGGCACUGGCAGUGGUGGUAGUGGUGGGUCGUAUAAGACUUUCGCUGAAGCAAAAUUCGAAAACCUGGGAAGUAAAGAUAAACCAGAAUACUACAGUGUAAAGGCUAUGGUUGCUAUGAUCAACAAAGAAAGAGCGUUGUACAUGGCUUGUCCCAGUGAUGAAUGCAACAAAAAGGUCAUCGAUCAAAACAAUGGCCUCUAUCGAUGUGAGAAAUGCCAGCGCGAAUUCCAGGAAUUCAAAUGGCGCAUGAUGCUUUCGGUCAAUAUCGCGGAUGCCACGGACCAGCAAUGGGUAACCUGCUUCCAAGAAACCGCUGAAACUCUUCUUGGGAAAUCCGCAGACGAGGUCGGUAGAUUGAAGGAUUCGGAUAAUAACGAGUUUCAGAAAAUUUUCGAAGAAGCUACUUUUAAGUGGUAUAUCUUCCGCCUGAGAGUGAAAAUGGAGACGUACAAUGAUGAAAGCCGCCUCAAAACAAAUGUCUAUGAAGUGAAGGAAAUCAACUAUAAAGAGCACAACGAGCGAUUGAUCCGAGAAAUGAAAGAAAUGGCUGCAUCAGAAUGAAUGAAUUUUCCCUUGCUCCUUAUCUAUUAAACUUAUAAAAACCUUCAUUUUCGGAUUAUACAGGAACAAUUCUCUAAUUCCUGUUCUUGUGAAUCAAAUCGAGAUCCCGGAAAAACCGUGUGUGUAAUAAAAAGCAACGCAAUAAAAUGAAUUGCGAAAUAAACUUGGAUAUUAC